CCCUUGUCGCCUCAUAGUAAUAUUAAAAAUUUAUAUAUUUAAUAUAUUUUAUUGUAGAGUAAUUGAUGUACAGGACCUUAGGUCAUGUGAUCACUAAUAAUUGUGUUAUGCUAAGGUUUAAGGACCUUUGGGUCAUGUGACGUAACCAUAAUGGUUUGUACUAGGACUGGCAGGUUUGGGGACCAAUAAGCUUUGAUCCUGCAGCAUAUAAGGGCGCUGUUACCCAAUAAUCUCUCUCUUCCUGCUGAACUGCAAAGCAGCAAACAUCUCUCUUGGAUCCUGUAUCUCAAAGUGAGCAGAUCUGGUAUCGCAGUGACAAAACGAGUAGGCCUGAAGCCUUCCACUUCAGCACCUUUCUAAACCAUAGUGAGAACUGCAACAAAUGUCCCAAUGAUCAAUGGCCAAAUGAGGAAAAGGAUGAAUGUAUACCAAAAAUAAUAGAAUUUCUAUCAUUUGAGCAGGACACCAUGGCUAUAAUUUGUCCCUCCAUUUCUGGACUAUUUCUUAUCAUAACCGUCUUUGUAUCAGGGAUUUUCAUCUCAUUCUUGAACUCUGCCAUAGUAAAAGCCAAUAAUCGGAACAUCAGCUUCAUUCUUCUUCUAUCCCUGAAGCUGAGUUUAUUCGGUGUGUUCCUGUUCAUUGGUCGUCCAGAUGAUAUAACCUGCAUGUUACGACAAAUCUCCACCGGAGUCACCUUCACUGUUGCGGUGUCUUCUAUCCUGGCCAAGACCAUUAUGGUUUCCAUCGCUUUCAAAGCCACCAGACCUGGAAGCUCCUGGAGGAAAUGGAUGGGGGUAACACUGCCCAAUUCUGUAGUAUUGAUCUGCUCCCUUGUUCAGGUUCUGAAUGGAAUUAUUUGGUUGUCGGUUUCUCCUCCAUUUCAGGAGCAGGACAUUGAUUCUUAUCCUGGAAAGAUCAUCGUUCAGUGUAAUGAAGGUUCUGUGGUGGCUUUUUAUUUCAUGUUGGGUUAUUUGGGGUUUCUGGCAGCGGUGAGUUUUGUUUUGGCCUUUAUGGUGAGGACAUUACCUGAUAUCUAUAAUGAAGCCAAGUACAUCACCUUCAGCAUGCUACUGUUCUGCAGUGUGUGGAUCUGUGCCAUCCCAGCGUAUCUGAGCAGUAAGGGGAAGAACAUGGUCAUGAUGGAGAUAUUUGCUAUAUUGGCUUCCGAGAUUGGAAUUUUAAGCUGUAUAUUUUUUCCCAAAUGUUAUUAUAUUAUUAUGAGGCCGGAUAUAAACAGAAGAAGGCAGUUCCUAGGGAAAUCCUAGUUGGUGGAAAACGUUUAUUUUUAUGAACUGGUGCCAGA